UUUCUGUCGAAAACUUCCACGUUCACCCUCAUCAACAUCAACAACAUUCACAAUGGGCAAAGUUCACGGAUCCCUCGCUCGUGCCGGUAAGGUCAAAUCGCAGACUCCUAAGGUCGACAAGCAGGAGAAGAAGAAGGUCCCCAAGGGCCGUGCUAAGAAGCGCAUUCUCUACAACAGACGGUUCGUCAACGUCACCCUCACCGGUGGCAAGCGGAGAAUGAACCCCGCUCCCACCACCGCCUAAGCGAUCCUUCUUUCACUCUCUUGCAACCUGCUAUUCUCUAUCUUAUUCGACCUUCACAUUUACAUCUUCAUUUGAUUAUCUGAUCUGCUUAGCAGGAGGGAUAUUGGACGGAAGAACAUGCUAUUAGAUUGGUGGCUUAUGACAGUUACUGAGUGAGUUGGGAGAGUAGGGAAUGCGGUUGCUAUCGGAAAUGUAUAUAUACAAUGGAAGAUAGUAAAAUUAAGAUCAAAAGUGCAACUGUUACAUGCUA